ACUUCUUCUACGUAUAUUAAGCUCAUCUUAAUAUCAUCACAACCAUCUACCUUUCUCAACAGUUGUUCUUCUUUCUGGGUUUAAACAAGUAUAUAUAUAUACAUAGAAGUGGAAUAUGGAUAAAAAGUUUGCAGUGAUAGUAGAAGAAGGAAAAAAAGGAGUAAAUGGUGAACCAUCAAUCGGUCCGGUUUAUCGUAAUCUUCUAUCAAAAGAUGGGUUUCCUCCUCUUGACACUAACUUAGAAUCUACUUGGGAGGUUUUCAAAAAUUCAGUUGAAAAGUAUCCUAACAACAAAAUGUUGGGAUGGCGUGAGUUUGUAGAUGGCAAAUGGGGGCCAUAUAAAUGGAAAACAUACAAAACAGUAUAUGAUGAGGUAUUGCACACUGCUUCCGCGACCAGGACUUCCGGAAUUGAGCCUGGGUGUAAAGUGGGAAUCUAUGGAGCAAACUGUCCUCAAUGGAUUGUGGCUAUUGAGGCUUGCAAUGCUCAAAGUUACAUUGCCGUGCCUCUGUACGAUACACUUGGGGCAGGAGCAAUCAACUUUAUAUUGGACCAUGCUGAAGUUGAUGUUGUUUUUGUCCAAGAUAAAAAAGUUAAAGAACUAUUGAAUGCAGAGUGUACGCAUACUCAACGAUUAAAGUUGAUUGUUUGUUUCACUACAAUGGAAAAGGAGGAAAAGGACAAGGCAGAAUCAAUGGGGAUUAAAACGUAUGAUUGGAGCGAGUUCCUUCAUAUGGGGAGUAAAAAUCCAACAGAGCUGCAAACACCUAAAUCAUCUGAUAUAUGUACAAUCAUGUACACUAGUGGCACUAGUGGAAAUCCUAAAGGUGUUAUAUUGACUCAUGAGAAUGCAAUAACAAAUAUUCGUGGAGUUGAUCUUUUCAUGGAGCAAUUCGAGGACAAGAUGACCGUGGAUGAUGUUUAUAUAUCUUUCUUGCCUCUUGCUCACAUUCUUGAUCUUAUGAUUGAAGAAUACUUUUUUCGUAAUGGUGCUUCAGUCGGAUUCUUUCAUGGGAAUAUUAAUGAACUGAGGGAUGAUUUGGUAGAGCUAAAGCCGACAUUUUUGGCUGGAGUACCUCGAGUUUUGGAGAGAAUUCACGAAGGUGUGCUUAAAGGGCUAGAAGAAGUUAACCCGAGGAGGAGGAAAAUAUUCAGCAUUCUAUACAAUCACAAACUUAAAUAUAUGAAAGCAGGUUAUAAGCAGAAAAAUGCAUCACCACUUGCAGAUUUGCUUGCUUUUAGAAAGGUUAAGAACAGGCUAGGUGGUCGUAUUCGUCUUAUAGUGUCUGGAGGAGCUCCGUUAAGCAGUGAGGUUGAAGAGUUCUUAAGGGUAACAUCCUGUGCUUUUGUAUGUCAAGGAUAUGGGAUGACAGAAACAUGUGGUUUGGCUACUCUAGGAUAUCCAGAUGAAAUGUGCAUGCUUGGAACCGUCGGUUCAACUUUUGUAUAUACAGAUUUACGUCUAGAGGAAGUUUCAGAUAUGGGUUAUGAUCCAUUAUCUGACCCUCCACGAGGUGAAAUUUGUCUUAGGGGAAAAGCUCCUUUCGCUGGCUACUACAAGAAUCCAGAGCUCACUAAUGAGGUCCUGAUAGACGGAUGGUUUCAUACAGGUGACAUAGGAGAGAUGCAACCAAACGGUGUCCUGAAAAUAAUCGACAGAAAGAAACAUCUGAUAAAACUAUCUCAAGGGGAGUAUAUCGCACUUGAAUAUUUGGAGAAAGUUUAUAGCAUCACUCCCAUUGUUGAAGAUAUUUGGGUUUAUGGAGAUGGCUUCAAGUCAUCAUUGGUUGCAGUAGCAGUACCAAACAAAGAGAACGCUGAAAAAUGGGCCCAUCAGAACAAACAUAAAGUUUCUUACGCUGAGCUGUGUAAGCUUACACAGUUCAAGGACUAUAUCCUAUCUGAGCUUAAAUCUACUGCAGAGAGGAACAAGCUAAGAGGUUUUGAGCAGAUAAAGGCUAUAAUUGUUGAGCCGCAAACAUUUGAAGAGCAAAAGGAUUUGUUGACUGCAACUAUGAAGAAACGAAGAGCUAAACUGCUCAACCAUUACAAGGCAGGAAUUGACGAUCUUUAUAAGAGCUUGACCCUGAACAAACGCUGAGAUGCAUCUGUAAUGACUAGAAGGGUGAUAAUGUUUUUAAGUUUGUGUGCAGUGUGCUACCCUUUGUACCUUUAUCUCGUUGUUUAAAUUAUUUCAGAAGCGUCUAUUCUUGCAUAUUUAUUGAAGCAAAUGGUCAUUUGAUGAGCUAA